GGCAUCGCGGGCUCAAUGCGGAGGAUGUCAGUCCUCUCCAUGCGCAUACGCAAGGUAUAUCAAGCGUUGGUAAUCCCACAGUUGCUCUUUGGCAUUUCAGCAUGGUAUAGCCCGGCCAGCAGGUACCUGGUAAGCAAUGGGCACGAGUGGAGACGGAGUCUUCAGGAUGCAAAAACGUGCGGCUAUCCUGGUCACCGGGUCUUUUAAAAGCAUGGCUGCGGCCGUAUUUCAUAUUGAACUCCACUUUCUGCCAAUGAAUUGGCUCAUACAACAAACCAUCGAAGAUCUCAUACGGGUCCAGACAGGGCCCACAAUGGCCCAGCUGGAAGGCGCGCGGGCUCGCCGGAAUGCCGCACCCAUAAAGUUGGAGAGUAUGACCCCACUGGAAGCUCUCAAACGGUGCAGGAGCGCAAUAUCGGACCCCAUCCUCUGGCAGCGGAUUUCAAAGAGGAAUCAGCAGUCAGCCUCUGAGCGGGCAAGGUGGAGCGGAAAUCCUUGGGGAUCGAGACUGCAGGUUCCGCGGUGAAACGGGAGACCGGGUCGGACCGGAACAAUAGAUUGUCCGAACGGGCUUCGCGCCUGAACUUCGACACAGCCGCGGAAGAAGGUAGACGUUCAAAUUCAAUCCAGAAAAGGUUGGAAGUAACCAAAGACGACAGAAGCGGGAGGCGGUAAAGACCAA